UAGUGGGGCGGCGACGAGAGGGGAAUACUUAAGUUAUGAAAAUCCGUGACUUUAAGUUAUGCGGGAAACUUGAGCUAUAUGAGGGGAGAUAUGGACAUUUAAUUUUUUGACAGAUAUAUUGAUUUUAUCAAAAAACGUUCACAUUGUUUUUAAUUGUGCGUCCGAGCCGACAGUUGGCAUUGAUCGUAGUACACGCGUACGUACGUGAACUUUCUACUCUAUCCCGUCUUCGUUCGGGAAGAGAAUCUGUCAGCUUCUCUCUGUGAGCUCGUUUGGAUAGAAACAGCUGAUCUGAUUUUGUCGACGAGAAAACGUCAAAUGUCUUUUAGUUUUGCACAACAAACGAACGAUCGACAUUCCUCCGUGCUCUUCGAGCAUUUUUGCGCUUUUCUUUGAAAGUACGCAAUAAGGGGAUAGAUCGAAAGGUACGCGGAAUAAUUCAGGCUUCAAAAAAAAAAGAAAAAAAAAAAAAAGAAAACGUGAUCGAGUCGUUGCGAAGAGUGACACAAUACUGUCAUCGAUAGGUAAUCUCUCUGUAUAUAACACGUUACGCUCGGAAUCCAGGUUAUGUCGCGAUGUGUGUAUUCGAUGAUCCGAUGUGCGUGCGUACACGAUCGUAUCACGUACACUGUCAUUCACUGAGUAUAAAAUGAGGCGACGCGAUUUAAAAACUGAUAGAAUUUAAAAGAAUUAGAUGAAAUUGAAUGCGAAAAAAAACAUGCCCAAGAGAGCGAAAAAGAGCUCGAGAGACAAGAAAAGCAGGAGUCACAAGAAGAAUAAUCAACACACCACUGCCGAUGAACGAAAGCUGAGAAGCAGCGUCGAGGAGUCUCUCCCGCGCAAGAUCGAGCCUCCGGAAGAAGAGACCCCGGUGAAUCUUUUGUAUCUCGAGAAGGAUCGUGUACUCUCUUCCAAUGUAUCCUCGGAGUUGGAAGAAGAACCGUCUGGGUCCAACGAGGACGACUACAUCAUGCCUCCGGAGGCUAUAAAAAAAGAAGUAGAGGAAUUCUGGAAACAGAGUGCGCAAACAAUUUCCAACAUCAGUCAGAUGAACGGUCGAUGGAAGAUGUUAUUCUUGCAGAAGUUUGAAGCAGGCGAAGCCGAUCAGUCAACGUACGAUGAAAUUGGACAGAGCGCGUCGUCCGAGGGACUCGAACGCAUUCCCAAGAUCGAGGACAUCUCGUACAUCAAUUCAGCAAAGAUCAAAAGAGAUAAGAAAUGGGUGAGGAAGAUGAAUCCUUUGUCUCUGCACUAUACGGAUAAGAAGAGACCUUAUCUAAAAUGCCCGGCGUGCGGCGCGACUUUCUUCAGUCCGAAUACGUAUCAGAGGCAUUUGCUCUCUCAUGUGCACAACACAACGAGAGAGGGAAAUUACAUGUGCAAUUUUUGUAAUUAUUGCAACACGGAGCUCGGAAUGUUGUUUGCUCACUUGACCAAGCAUCAAAACCAAUGCGAAUCAUGCAACGAGAGUUUGCUACGCAAGGACAAUUACGAGAGACAUUAUCAGUGCUCGAUUAUCUGCAAUCGAUUCGACACAAGCCUCAAGCGUGAUCAUCACGGGAUGUUCGUCUGCAUCGUUUGCGACUUGGUCUUUGACCUUUCGGCUCAAUUGGAAAAACACUGGUUCAAACACACCUGCAGGAAACAAAAAUCCUAUCAGUGCAACGAGUGUAGCGGCAUGUACGAGAACAUGGAGACUUUGCGGAAUCACACAUGUCUCAAGUGUCCAAUUUGCGGCGAAGUCUACGAGAGUCUCCAUCGGCUCAAGGUGCACACCAUGUGGACGAAACACAACCUCAAAUGUUCCAUCUGUUCUUACGAAUUUAUUCUCUCAAUGGACCACGAAAAACACAUGGCUCUGCACAGAAAGGUCUAUCAGCCUAUGAAGGAUUACAUGCACUGUCUGCGCGCCGCUGACGGCCAGACGUACCAAUGCAAUCUAUGCGACAAGAUAUUUUACGCCUUGCGGCUCCUUCUCACGCAUCUCAGGGAGGAACACGAUGUAGGAAACGUAAAGGUGGAAGAGGACGACGACAGAAUGGAGGACGACAAUUACGUACUCAAGGGAGAUGCGAUCGAUAUCGUUGUAGUUCCUGACUUUAAGGAUUCCAGCAGCUAUUUUGACACUUGUAACGAACUCGAAUCAUUGCAGGAGGAAACCGAAUAUGAUACGGUAUCGUAAACAGUAAAAUCUCUCUCUCUUCUUCGCGCACGCGCGAACGACAAAGCGAGAUCUGAUCAGUUUUGUGAUGACAAAAGCAACAAGUUUUCUUCUCUAAGCUGUUAGCUUUUACCGUCAACCAGCGUUCUUCCCGAGCGUUCUCAUAUGAUGCUGAAAACUGUACUGUCGAAGGAAACAAAGUGCCGUUCACAAAUUUAUAGACUUACAACUUAUGCAUAAAAUACUAUUUUUUCAGAGUUAUCGUUUGCUUCACACAAUUUUAAUAUCGAGAUUUAUAUACUACAAAACUCGUUAAUUUUACAGAGACCACAUUGCAAUUUCUCUCUUUUUCUGUUGUUUAUUCGUUGAGUAAAAUAUAUGGAGAUGAGAGGGAUAGUAAUACAAUUAUUAAACACAAAUUAUAUUAUAGAAUAGCAAAACUCCCGAAGUACGCUAAUUAUAAAUGAAUAUUUAUAAAUACACCGAUCGAAAUAGUUGAUAUUUUUUCGACAAACUUAUCAGUGGAUUUCAUCCAGUUGCAGAAAAUGGAAUUGUGGCGCGAUGCUACUACCGUCGAAAAAUUUAGGACCGCGUGUAAGAGACGCAUGUCUGUGCGAUUCUGUUAACAAAGGUCGAUUUUGGAACGAACAAUUGAAACAACGCGAUGACACAUUUUUUUAUAUUUCUUAUAAUUUAUUAAAAUAUUAAUGUAAUUGCGUUUAUAUUAAAAAAAUGUAAUUUAUAUAUGUCUCGAGAGAAAAUUUAAGGCUUUAUUUGAAAUUUUUAAAUAUCUCGCAUAUACCCAGAUUUUUUAACGGUAGUGUACAUAUAUGUUUCUCUCUUUUUCCCUUUUCCCUCUCUUCUUUCUCUCCAGGAUAUAAAAGAAAUAUAAAAGAAAUAUAAAUCGAACUUGUAUAAUACGUUUAUACAGUUCCGCCGUGUCGCACGUGACACUCGCCUGACUUCUGUGAGUCUCACAAAUGUGCUGAGAUUUCUUACAAAAUGCAAAGUGAGAAAGAGAGAGAUAUAUGUAUAUGUAUAUCUAUAUAUGGUAUUGGAUCACAAUAGAUUUUUGAAUCUCAUCACAUAUAUUUUAUGUCACAUGUAUGUUACAUAAUAUAUUUUUGUCGUUUUCUUUUUUUUCUCUCUAUCUAUGUUGAAAUAUAUUUAAAAAAAAACCAUGAUUUUUUUACGGAGCUAUCAGUCCUGCUGUAGCUUACAUCGUAGCGGCUCGUCGUCGCUACAAUUUAGCUUGAUAAUUUAUCUCUUUAUUGAUUCUAUUUGUUUUUUGUGAAACAACAUAUCCUACUGAAUUAUGAUUUAUGCAAGAACAUUACGCAGUUUAAGAGAGACACGAUGACAUUCAUAAUAAAUAAUACUCGCGUAAAUUGAUUUAUAUACUUGAAAGAAAUGUCUCGCAGGGGUAAUAUUUACGCAGGUCCUUCGAGAGCUCACAUACACACGUACACACACACACACACACACACGUGCGUCAGAAAAUAUUUUGCAGAGUAUAGUCUAACGUCGUAUAGGCCUACGAUAUCGUAGUUUACAUCGAGAAUUCCAGCUCUGUUAUGUGUGUAUAUUCUCAUUUUGAAAAAUAAAUAUAUUCAUAAAUA